AUGUUUAAAAUACGUAGACCAAAGGAGGACGAGCCAACUGCUCCAGGGCAGGUGAAAAUUAAGAAGAGGUCAAAGGUGGCUGGAGUUAUGAUCACGCAGUAUGUGGAAGAACUACCUGAAGGCAUGACCACCCCAGAUUUCACUCGGAAACCUAUUGCUCUAACUAUUCAAGAAGGAAAAUUGGCUAUCUUCAGAGCAGUCGUUACUGGCAACCCAACACCAACUGUUACCUGGGUGAGAAAUGAUGGGGAAAUGGAUGAAGAACGGAACAUAACCGUCUUUGAUGAGACUGCUGGUGAAUACCAACUACAGAUGCCUGAUGUAGCGGCGGAUCAAGCCGACACCUACAAGUGUUUUGCCAUAAUUGAAUAUGGAAAAGCGGUUGUAACUGCGGCGCUUAAUAUUAUUGAGGUUGGUUUCAAGAAGAGCAAAGCCAUGCAACAAUCGAGAACAGCAGUCAGAGAGACACCUGAGGACUUCAAAAAGGCCUUAAAAAAUAAGGUUGACAUGGAGGCAAAAGAAGACAAAAAAACUGAAAUUGAUGAAAAGUUUUGGGAACUGUUGAUGAGUGCAGACAAGAAAGAUUACGAGACCAUCUAUGCUCAGUAUGGCGUCACUGAUUACCGUGGGAUGCUUAACAAACUAAGUGAGAGGAAGAUUGAGAGGGAGCAAGAGCAAUCAAAGGUUGUUGAAAGGCUAUGCAACCUAAAGCCCAUUUAAUUGAAGGCUGAUGGUGGUGCAGAGUUUGAACUUGAAAUGUCACUAAAAGACCCUAAAAGCAAAAUCUUCUUAUUCAAGGAUGGAAUUAUGAUUCCCUUUGACGUGGACACAGACAUAAAACAUGGACUGAAGCAGGUGGGAAAGAAGUUUGUGUUUAGCAUCAAUGGUGUUGAUCCAGACGAUGCAGGGUUAUACCAAGUGGAGGUUGAUGGAGUUAAGAUCUUCUCAACUGACUUCAAACUUCCCCCUGUGGAGUUCUUGGUCAAGAUUCAAGAUGUGAAAGCAGAGGAAAGAGAGGACGCUGUGUUUGACUGUGUCCUCUCACAGCCCCUGAAAAAGCUCAAAUGGAUGGGAAAGAGUAACCCACUAGAGCAAGGGGAGAAAUAUGACAUCACUGUGUCAGAGGACAUGUUGAUUCACUCCUAGGUGGUGAAGGACUGCCUGGUAUUGGACAAAGGAAUUUAUGCGGCUGUGACUGGACAGGCAUCCUGCAAUGCCUGGCUUAUAGUGGAAGCUGACAAUGAUCCAAAAACAAAAGGAAAGAAGAAAGCUCGCAAAACUACCAGAGCAGGUGGUGGUGGAGAGGAACUUUUGAAGAUUGCUGAGGAGCAACAGGCUAAGAAUCAGAUAGAGAGAGAGAAGUUGAUCGCAAAGGCAAGGGUUGAGGCUGCAGCUGCGGAAGCAGAGGCUAAAGCUAAAGCGGAAGCUAAAGCGGAAGCUAAAGCGGAAGCUAAAGCGGAAGCGGCGAAGGCAGCCAAGCCAAAAGCAAAGGCAGCGACAAAGACAAAGAAAAAGAUGGACAAAAAGGCAGCAGUGGAAGAUGGCGCAGAAAAAACAGAAGAAGAAGAGGAUGAGGAAGAAGAGGAUGAGAAAGAAGAUGUAGAGGGAGAGGCUCCUGCUGAAGUUGCUUAUACUGAAGAAGAGGAGCCGGCUCAAGAGAAAAGAAAGAGAGUGAGAGAAGGCCCACUCGUCCCUGAUACAGUCAUUGACCCAGGAGUAUACUUCACGGGCGGACUGUCAGAUGUAACCGCAAUCAUUGGCACUGAUGCAGAACUGGUCUGCAGGCUGAGCAGUGAGGACUGUGAUGGAGUCUGGUACAAAGAUGGGAACGAGAUAACGGCUACAGAAGAUAUCCGUAUUGUUAAAGACGGGACUUAUCGCAAACUAAUUAUCAAGAACUGUAAAGAAGAUGAUGCUGGAAAGUACCGCUGUGAAGCUGAUGGCCGUAAAACAGAAGCUGCGCUAAGUGUUGAAGAUCCUCCAAGAAUUAACCCUGAUGACCUCACCGAGUUCAGAAAACCUGUCACAGUCAAAGUCAGGAAAGAUGGAGCCUUCAAGAUGUCCUUUGUGGGCCGGGAACCCAUGAAGAUCCAGUGGUAUAGCGAGGGCGAAGAGCUCUUUGAGGACACCCAUAUCACAAUAGAGAAGUCUUCCUCACACAGUCGCCUGGUGCUUACUAGGUGCCAACGCAAAAUAACAGGAGAAAUUAAGAUUAGGAUUACAAAUGAAUGUGGAACAAUUGAGGCCAUAACCCAGCUUGUUGUUUUAGAGAGACCAACACCACCCCUGGGCCCGGUUGAUAUUAUUGAAAGCUCGUCAACUUGCAUUGAAUUUAAAUGGAGGACUCCCAAAGACAACGGAGGUUCCCCUAUCACAGACUACAUCCUGGAGCGCCAGCAACUUGGCCGAAACAGCUGGAAGAAAUUAGGCAAGAUUGGCCCAGAGCCUAAAUACAGGGAUGCUGAUGUAGAUCAUGGUAGAAAGUACUGCUACCACAUCAGGGUGGAAACGGAUGAAGGCAUCAGUGAAAUGAUGGAGACAGAUGACAUUCAGGCAAGGACAAAGGCAUACCCUGGAUCUCCUUCUCAACCAAAAGUUGAAAGUGCUUUCAAAGACUGUAUCAAUCUUGUUUGGUCUGCACCCGCUAAUACUGGAGGAACCAACCUUUUGGGAUACAAUGUCGAGAAACGCAAGAAUGGCAGUAAUCUGUGGGGCCAUGUCAACCCUCCCAAUGAGCCCAUCAAAGAGAAAAAGUACGCAGUGAAAGAUGUUGUUGAAGGCUUCGAGUAUGAGUUCCAUGUAUCAGCUAUCAACAUUUCUGGUGCUGGAGAGCCAAGUUCGCCUUCUGAACUUGUGUUUGCCAGAGAUCCAAAGAAGCCCCCAGGUAAAGUUAUUGAUCUGAAGGUGACAGUCUCCACAUACUCAACAUUAUCGCUGGGCUGGACCAAACCCACGGAGGAGGAAGGGGUCCAGGAUGAGGCCAAAGGAUAUUUUGUGGAGCUCAGACCAGCAGAAAACCUAGAAUGGGGUCGCUGUAACUCCAAUCCUAUCAUUAUGAGCUCCUUUACUAUUAUCGGCCUGAAGUCCAUGGCCAUGUACUGGGUAAGAGUUCUAGCCACCAAUGAUGGUAGAGACGGGGAGCCCCAAGAGUUCAACAACUACAUCAUUGCAAUGCCUCCUCCAGUGAGACCACAAUUCACUGACAAAAAGAUGAAUACCUUUAUGGUGAUGAAAGCUGGGAACUCCGCUCGAGUCAACUUAAACUUCCAGGCGUCUCCAAUACCAGCUAUCAAAUGGCUCAAGGACGGUAAUCCUGUCGGCAAGCAUGUGACAGUCAGCAACACAGACACAUCAUCGCAGAUGAUGAUCCCUGCAGCAGAGCGCCAUGACACUAGGAUCUACACAAUCAUUGUCAAGAACCUUGUUGGUCAGGAGACCUCCAGUGUUGAGAUAAGAGUCACAGACGAGCCCAAGCCUCCAGGCCCCGUGGAGCUGGAGGAGACUGUGCUGGGAACGGUGACGGUGUCCUGGACUCCCUCUCCAGAUGAGAAGAAAGACGACAGGCUGCACUACAUAGUCACAAAGCGAGACUCUGUGAAGCGUUCUUGGCAAACUGUGGCAGACCAUCUCUUCAAUAACAAGAUCACUGUCAUCAACAUCAUGCCGGGGAGGCAGUAUAAGUUCCGGGUCUAUACCAGGAAUGACAUGGGGCUCUCCAAACCUUCUGAGUCCACAAUUUGGGAAGUGAAAAGAAUUAAAGAAACAUUUACUUUGAACCUUCCUGCCACUAAAAACUGCAGCUUUGAGACGCCUCCCUCAUUCUCUGUUCCGCCAAAAAUGCACAAGAGUCCAGAGAGCUAUGAGUGCUACAUGAGUUGCGCUGUGACAGGAAACCCCAAACCCCAUGUUACCUGGUACAGAAAUAGCAUCAGUCUCAACACCAACACUAACUACUACAUCACAAACACAUGUGGCGUCUGCUCCAUGGUGAUACUUAAAGUUGGCCCGAAGGACACCGGGGAUUACGCAGUCAUUGUAGAAAACCCUCUGGGCAGAGUGGACUGUUCAACUAAACUUGUUGUGGAAGAUUAG